AUGUUCAAGAAGUACUUUGGCCUUCGAGGCCAGUCCCUCAACUAUGCCAUUAGUGCUAUUGCGGGAACUGAUUUUCUGCUCUUUGGUUAUGACCAAGGCGUCAUGGGUGGUAUCCUAACAAUGGCUCCAUUCAUGGAACAGUUCCCCGACAUGCACAGUGAGGAUCCUAGCGUGUCUGCAGCUGUUCGAAAGAACCGCUCAAACUACCAAGGUAUUGCCGUGUCGUCUUACAACUUGGGUUGCUUCUUUGGUGCUAUCAUCACCAUCUUUCUCGGGAACAAACUUGGCCGCAAAAGGAUGAUCAUGCUUGGAACCACAAUUAUGGUUAUUGGUGCCGCUCUUCAGGCCUCUGCGUACUCUCUGGAACAUUUUAUCAUCGGACGAAUUAUUACUGGUCUCGGUAACGGUGGUAACACUUCUACCGUCCCCAUGUGGCAAUCAGAAACAUGCUCUGCUCAUAAGCGUGGUAAACUGGUCAUGAUCGAAGGUGCUCUGAUCACGCUUGGCAUCACUAUUUCAUACUGGGUCGACUAUGGCAUGUACUUUGCGCAGGACACUUCUGCUUGCUGGCGAUUCCCAAUGGCUUUCCAAAUCGUCUUUUGUCUCAUCAUUAUGGCCUUUGUUAUGAACCUGCCCGAAUCUCCUCGCUGGCUUGUGCUCAAGGGUCGCGAUGAUGAUGCAAAGGAAGUCAUUGCUGCGAUCGCUGAUCAGGAUGUCCAGACUAAGUACGUCGACAACGAGUUCAGGGCCAUGAAAGACACUACCACAGAGAUGAGCAAGGGAGCGUUUUCGGACCUGUUCUCUCGAAACGACAAUAAGAACCUUCACCGUACCAUCCUUGCCUUUGUCAACCAAAUGUUCCAACAGAUCUCUGGAAUUAACUUAAUCACUUACUAUGCCGCUUCCAUCUAUUCCGGACUCGGCAUGACAGGACACAUGCCACUUCUCAUGGCUGCUCUGAACGGUACCGAGUACUUUUUAGCCUCUCUUCCUGCAAUUUGGCUGGUGGAGCGUGUCGGUCGCCGAAAGCUCAUGCUUUUCGGUGCAGCUGGACAAUGUGCAUCGAUGGCUAUCCUCGCUGGUGUAGGCUCUAGCGAUGCGAGGGCAUGCCAGAUUGUGGGCAUUGUGUUCUUGUUUGUCUUCAACUCGUUCUUCGCUGUUGGCUGGCUUGGAAUGACAUGGCUAUACCCAGCUGAGAUUACACCUCUGCGAAUCCGUGCUCCUGCCAACGCUCUGUCAACGUCGAGUAACUGGAUAUUCAACUGGUUGGUUGUCAUGAUCACUCCUCCAGCUUUUAAGAAUAUCGGAUCCAACACAUAUAUCAUAUUCGCCAUCAUCAACGCCAUCAUGGUUCCCUCGGUUUACUUCUUCUUCCCUGAGACGGCAUAUCGAUCAUUGGAGGAGAUGGAUACUAUCUUCCAAAAGGUGGAGCAUGGAAUGAAGGGCGCUCUUGGCGUUGUUAAGCAGGCCAAGAUCGAGCCCCGAAGAUACGAUAACAACGGAAACCUUCUGAUUGCUGUCGAAGAAGUGGAAGAGAAGGCUCAUGCCGAGCACCGAAGUGGACGUGGAAGCUCGAGUGGACAAAGCGGUGAACAUAACAACGCCGCCAUGUUUACGUCGCACGAUGAGGAAAAUCAGCGCCGUGAGACUUGA